AACGUGACAUUUCAAAAAGCCCAAAGUCAUGACCUAUAUAAAUAAAUAAAUACUGUUUCUUCCAUAAACAGAACUCACCUAAUUAAACCAAGUGAUUAUAUUUAUAUAGCAAGAAAAAUUUAAUUUGAAAUAUUAUUUUGUUUAAAUGACGAAUUGUGACUAGAAACUGAAAAACCAUGUCAAGGGAAGAUGUAAGAGAAGAAGUGUUAGAACUUAUGUCCAAAAAGGACAAAAUAGAAGCAGAAAUUAAAGACUUAACAUGUAUAUUGACACAAAACGGAGUAGGUAUGAAUGAACCCUUAGUUGAUGAUCAAGGUUUUCCAAAAAGUUCCAUAGAUAUUUACCAAGUGAGACAUGCCAGACAUAGAAUUAUCUGCCUACAGAACGAUCACAAAAGCCUUAUGAAGCAAAUAGAAAAUGGUCUACAUGGGUACUACAGUGCAACUUCUUUGGGUUCCAACUUGAACAAUGCUGUGGCCAUGGAAACAGAUCUGUGUGAUGCAGUAGUUCAUACUGAACCUUUCGCUAAGGUUACCAUUGUUAGCGAUAAUUCUCCAGCUUAUUUUGCUGGGAUAGAUGUUGGUGAUCUGAUAGUUGAGUUUGGUUCAAUAAAUAAAACAAAUUUCAAACUCAUCACUGAUAUAGGUACCUUAGUGCAGCAUACUGAAGGAAAUCCCUUGAAUGUUAAAGUUAAAAGGGGAGACAGGUUUUUCACACUUCAGUUAAUACCCAAGAAGUGGAUCGGAAGAGGAUUGUUAGGAUGUAAUAUUGUUAGUUUAUAGUUUUUAAUGUUUAAUAAAUAUCUUUUUGUUUAAA